AUGGCCGACGGCACGGUCGUGCUGGGCGAAACCAAUAUCGCCGCGUCGCCGAAACGGAUAAUGGACGUGCAAGUUUCUCCCGCAAACCCGAAAGCCUUCGGCGCCGCCAUUGACGCAAUUCGGGAUGCCGAACUUACGGUCAUCGGGCCGGGCAGUCUGUACACAAGCCUUAUCCCAAACCUCCUCAUACCCGGCAUCGCGCGCGCGCUCAUCGAAAGCAGUGAGCCCGUCGUCUACGUCUGCAACAUCGCGACACAGCCGGGUGAGACGGACGGAUACACCCUGGAGGAUCACCUUAGGGCGAUCGAAAGGCACCUGCCGGGGCUUGCCAUCGACUCGUGGUGGCCAAUAGCAGCGUGA